GCGACUCUCCAGCCGAAUGCGUACAACGCUACUGCGCAAUGCUGGUAUCAGGAAGUGGAGAAAAAAAACGCAGAAUUACCGAGAGUUUUUCGGCUUCAAAUCUGUAUACUGGCGGAAGGCGGAACCAAGUUGUCUAUAGCAUCUACAGUCUAUGUUUGAUAGUCCUUCAGAGUUUAUUACGUAGAAAAGUUUUAAACAGUCACACAUUUCCAAUUUAGCAGAGUUGAGUAAUAAUUCGUGGAAAUGCACCUUUAAUGAAACACACUGUGUUCCUGUUUUGCGGUUAAAACUCAUAAAAACGCAUUAGAGUCCUUGUCUAGCUCAUAGUAACUGAGUUAAAACGGUGAUUUUCCACUUGGUUUCCUAUUUUUAUGAAUGAAGGCGGAGGUCGUGGGCUUUUGUCUGUUUCUGCUCUUAACCACCAGGGGGUAGAGCAACAUGCAGAAAGGAAAGCCUCCAGUCUCUCUCGCUGUUCAGGGUUGUGUGUGCCUGUGUGCGUGUUUGCGUGUGUGUGAGUGUGUGUGUGUGUCUCCCUCACAACAUAAAGGCGACGUUCAGAGGCUAAAAACUUGCAAUUCAUGGCAUGGAGGACCCAGCGGGCCGCCGCCACCGCCGCCGCAGCAGCAGCCCUCUGAUCUGCGAGAGGUUUCACGGUGGAUGAGCAGCAGAUCAUGGUCUGAACUCUGCUAUCAUCGAGCCGAAAAGGAAAAAAGCCUCGUCUGAGCUGCUCGGUGUGCUGUCCUCUUUUCUCCCCUCCUUUCCUGUCUUCUUUUUCUUUCCUCGGUGAAAUCCGACACAACAUCAGCGGCUCUCUCUGUCUACUUUGGAUGUCAGGUUUAGGCGCAUUAACAGAUAGGAAUAAGAGCUAAGGCUGCAGCGAUUCAGAUGCCUUCAACUUUAAGCGAGAGGGAGAACCUUUAAAAGCACGUUUUUACACGAGGGACCGACACGAACACGUCCCCCUCCUCUUCAUGAGAAGGACGCAUCUCGGUAAAAGGUGAUCAGAGAACCGACGGGGACCAUGGCAGCUACUUUAUCGGUGGAGGAAGAACAGGUAGGCCUUGAGACUCUUUCUGCUCCUUUCUCUUUCUGUGUUCGUGUCUCGCCCUGUGUGCCCCAGCCUCGGCCUCACCUGGAGGUAUUCUGUGGCCCUGUGGCUGGCAUUGCGUGUGCGCACUGAAGCGAGUGGCGAUGGGGCUAUGCGCAAUGGAUUUGUUGCGAAAUGCUCCUGAAUGCGGAGCGGAAAUAUUGUAUCGAUUUCUGGCGCUCUCAUUGCAUCACUGUCAGCUCUUCUCCAGCGGCUGGGCUAAAGGGUUGCGAAACAGGGCCGAGCUCGCAUUCAUCACCAGCCUUUACAGAUGUAAAAUAUUCACUUUGGGGCUUUAAAGUUGGUUAAUCGUGAGGGCAGACCGUGAUAUUACACCGGGGGAGUUCGUGGAGAGAGAGCUGGAAACGCUCAUUCAGGAAUGUUUAUGUUAAAAACUUGGUUUCUUCUUGUAGUAUUGCUGUAAAAACUUAAUAUCACCAUUUCUAGACAUGAAUUCACCCAUUUAGACCAAUAUCCAGGGCAGGAAUGUAAUUUCCCUUUUAUUUGGGUCAUAAGCCCUCACAUAACAGUCCAAAACCCACUGUUAAGUAGUUUAACCAUCAAAGUUAAAUGCCCUCAUUUAGAGGAUUUAGGUCUAACAUGGUCCCUUAAUUGGAUUAGCUGUUGCAGAUGCACUGAUUUAUGUCCAUUUCAAUUGAAGCUGUAAUCUAUAAUUCAAUCUAGUUGCUCGAAAUGUUCAUAUUACCGACUCAAACUCACAUUGUCUUCUGUAGAGGUGUGUCCUCUGUGAUGUUGUCUUGUAUCCACAUCAUUUAUAUCAGCAAAAGUAGAAAAUAGUCAAAUAAACUACAUUUUCAAACAGUUUCAAUGAGACUGGAGCACACCUAUAAGAAGUUUUGGAUGCACAAUAAGAUUGCUAAAGCAUCAGUAUUGGCAGAUGGCUUUAAAAAAUUGAUCAUCCAUAUAUUUAGAGGUAUACAAACAAAAAUCUUUGACUAUGUAGGAGUGUAUUACAUCUUACAACAGGCUUCAACAUGAGGACUGUAUGGAAGUAUUUUGAAGCAUCAAAAACAGACAGCAGACACGUUACUGAGUGUCUAUGUUUUAGUACAUUCAGGUAAAUCUAGUGUAGGAGAGACUUUGUGUUCUGUAUAAUAAAAAUACAUGUGCCUAUAGUUGGAUUAGCUGUUGUAAAUGCACUGAUUUAUGUCUAUUUCAAUUGAAGCUGUUAUCCAUAAUUCAAUCUAGUUGCUUGAAAUGUUCAUAUUAUCGACUCAAACUCGCAUUGUCUUCUGUAGAGGUGUGUCCUCUGUGAUGUUGUCUUGUAUCCACAUCAUUUUUAUCAGCAAAAGUAGAAAAAUAGUCAAAUAAACUACACUUUCAAACUGUUUCAACACAUAUAUGAAGUUUUGGAUUCAUCGCAGGUUGGUUUAUUGGGCUCAAAAUGCACUAUAUGAUUGUUAAAGCAUCAAAAAUUGAUCAUCCAUAUAUUUAGAGGUAUACAUACAAAAAUCUUUGACUAUGUAGGAGUGUAUAAUCUUACAACAUGCUUCAACAUACCAACUGUAUGGAAGAGACAGCAGACACAUGACUGAGUGUCUAUGUUUGAGUACAUUCAGGUAGAUCUGGUGCAAGAGAGACUUUGUGUUCUGUAUGAUAAAAAUAUAUGUGCCUAUAAUGUUAAACAGUAUCAGUAAGGGCUAAAAUGAUAUCAAAAAUCCAGUAUUGUGCAUCCACAUAAAUAAAUGCACAUCAACCCUGCAGAACAACAAUAAGUCCAGUCUGGUUUGGUAUUACAGACAGAGUUGGUGUUUCUCUAAGUUGUUAUUUUCUCUCCUGCUAAUGUACGUUACUGUCUAGGGAGAGGGGAGUCGGUCUGCAGCAGCUAGGUUUAUAAUAUAUGUAUGAUUUCCUUGAAGCUUUCUUCUUCUGUGGUGCUCUUCUGGCUCGUGCUUUCUCUUCCCACCGACUCCUCUCAUCAUCUGGCCAGCAGAAAGCCUUAUCUGGCUACUCCAUUUCCUGUGUGAGCCAGGGCCCCCGCUAGGGUACCGGACGCCCUCAUUACAUCCACAGCCUAGCGGGGGGUGUUUGGGUGGAUUGUGUGUGUGUGUCUUUUGUGUGUGCAUGUGUGUGUGUGUGUGUGUGUAGGGUGGCUCUCUCGGGAGCAUGCAGGGCUGCAGUGGAACUUCAUUCUAAAGGCAGCUGUUAAAAGCAUUUCUACUAGACUCAGGGGUAAGAGGGGGGAGUUUAUGAGUUACAGAGAGCUUGUGUGAAUGUGUGUGUAUCAUGUGUGCGUUCUGUUUGUGUGUGUGUUUGAGUCUACUCCCAGGAAGCAGUGGAGUGAGGGAAAUUGGGGAAUAGGGAGAGACUGACGUUAUUGACUUCCUGUUUUGGUAUUGACUCGUGUCGAAUGGGUCUCGCUGAAGUGAAGCCACUUGGCAGCAGCAAUUCUGUGUUUGUAAAUAGACCCUGUAAUCAGCUAGAUUGUGGAUAGAAAAUGUCAAGGGCAGCUAUGAAUCCUUGAAUCCUAAAAAACAUACUGAUAAAGAAACACAUAGAGCCCCGAGUCAUGAUGCUGCAGACACCCUGCGCGACUUUCAUAACUCUUAUAUAGAAUUCCUCCCAGCUGAGACGUUAAUUAUACAGCCAGCCUGCACAGCAUGACUGCCUCUGGCUGGAAUGUGAAUACGGGAGACACCAUAUCAUUAAAGAGACAUCAAUGACCCAUUCUUGAAACAAAGGAUCAUGAUGGAAGUGAGCGAGACAAUAAAAUAAAUCCAUUUGUGCCGGUAUGUGCAAUACCCUGAUCCUGGCACGGACAGGUUUAAAUAAAAGGCAGCUAUUAAUAAAACCAUCUCUCAUAUAUGCUCGGCCUGGAGAGUUUAUUAGCAGUUGGCAGUAUGAAUGAGAACCACAUAAGUACAUGGCUGUGUUAGUGCUUGAUUCUGAUUGGUUGGUGUAUGAACCACAUUCAGUAUGUUUACAUGCUCUUAUAAAAUUUGAUUCAUUGAAUCGUCUGACUGAAACUGGACUUAAAAAUGCAUGUAAGCGUGUUAAUGUGAUUGGAAUCGCACUGAAAUUGAACUUUGCAUAGUUGGACUAACAUACCUGGAUAAUGCUGUUGGGGAUCAGCUGAUUUAAUACCUAACAUAUCAACUGGGAGAUCCUCCAGGAGGAUUCACCACCUACUGUCGCAGAGGCGGACGUGCUUUAGUCAAUAUUUCGAUUCCUCCCCAGUGCAUGUAAACUGGGAUAAGGGCGGUAGUCCAGUUAAAUCAACUAAUCAAGCUCUAACUGGAGCUUGACUUAACUGUGCAUGUAAACAUACUGCAUCCAUUCUUGAUAACAGACUGUUGCUAUGACGAACAGACUGUUUCUAGAGGUGCUUUGACAAGGCAGGAACCCUGAGGUUUGAGCGUCCUGCUCACCUUGUUGAGAUUCCAAUCUGCUCUAGAAACCUGUUUAUAGCUUAUGUAGUGAUCUGUGUAUCUGACAGACCUACACUCACCGGCCACUUUAUUAGGUACACCUGUCCAACUGCUCAUUAACACUUAAUUUCAAAUCAGCCAAUCACAUGGCGGCAACUUAGUGCAUUUAGGCAUGUAGACAUGGUCAAGACAAUCUCCUGCAGUUCAAACCGAGCAUCAGUAUGGGGAAGAAAGGUGAUUUGAGUGACUUUGAACGUGGCAUGGUUGUUGGUGCCAGAAGGGCUGGUCUGAGUAUUUCAGAAACUGCUGAUCUACUGGGAUUUUCACGCACAACCAUCUCUAGGGUUUACAGAGAAUGGUCCGAAAAAGAAAAAAUAUCCAGUGAGCGGCAGUUCUGUGGGCGGAAAUGCCUUGUUGAUGCCAGAGGUCAGAGGAGAAUGGCCAGACUGGUUCGAGCUGAUAGAAAGGCAACAGUGACUCAAAUAACCACCCGUUACAACCAAGGUAGGCAGAAGAGCAUCUCUGAACGCACAGUACGUCGAACUUUGAGGCAGAUGGGCUACAGCAGCAGAAGACCACGCCGGGUGCCACUCCUUUCAGCUAAGAACAGGAAACUGAGGCUACAAUUUGCACAAGCUCAUCGAAAUUGGACAAUAGAAGAUUGGAAAAACGUUGCCUGGUCUGAUGAGUCUCGAUUUCUGCUGCGACAUUCGGAUGGUAGGGUCAGAAUUUGGCGUCAACAACAUGAAAGCAUGGAUCCAUCCUGCCUUGUAUCAACGGUUCAGGCUGGUGGUGGUGGUGUCAUGGUGUGGGGAAUAUUUUCUUGGCACUCUUUGGGCCCCUUGGUACCAAUUGAGCAUCGUUGCAACGCCACAGCCUACCUGAGUAUUGUUGCUGACCAUGUCCAUCCCUUUAUGACCACAAUGUACCCAACUUCUGAUGGCUACUUUCAGCAGGAUAAUGCGCCAUGUCAUAAAGCUGGAAUCAUCUCAGACUGGUUUCUUGAACAUGACAAUGAGUUCACUGUACUCAAAUGGCCUCCACAGUCACCAGAUCUCAAUCCAAUAGAGCAUCUUUGGGAUGUGGUGGAACGGGAGAUUCGCAUCAUGGAUGUGCAGCCGACAAAUCUGCGGCAACUGUGUGAUGCCAUCAUGUCAAUAUGGACCAAGCUCUCUGAGGAAUGCUUCCAGCACCUUGUUGAAUCUAUGCCACGAAGAAUUGAGGCAGUUCUGAAGGCAAAAGGGGGUCCAACCCGUUACUAGCAUGGUGUACCUAAUAAAGUGGCCGGUGAGUGUAUAUAUCAGUUGGUAUGUACAAUAAGUAAAUCAGAGUUUUUUUCAAAGCCUCUUACUUUUGCAAAUUUUGUCAUAAUGCAGCCUUUUGAUGAACCAACAAAUGUUUGGGUCAAAGUACUGAUAGUGUUUUCAGUUCAUCACUCAUAGAUUUCAUUAUUAAGCACCGUUAAUUUCAUUUAGGUUCAUUUAGUUCAGAUCUGUGUGCAGGUUCAGACCCUAUCACACCAGCAGAAGACACCGUUUAUUCUUUGAGAAUGUCCAAAUGGGGUGUCAUAGUUUUUUGAACCCAUCUCAAGUGUAUUUUUAGGAUUGACUUGACUGAGAUGAGUUUGGCGUGCAGAGUCAUCUGGUUCCCAGGCCAAUAACGUCUUUUCUGGUGAUAUUUUUGAAAUUCCACUUAACAUCCCAGAUUAGCCCAAGAGGAUAUUUAGAGAUGGCGUGUUCCCUCAAACCUGGGCCAUGAUGACGAGGGCGCAGAAUCCAAACUUCUAGGCCCACAAGGAGCUUCAUUAUUUUCACAUUAGACCCUGUUAUUCUGAUAUUUGCACCUUUAGCAAUCUUACUUAAUGUGGUGCAGAACCCAAAGCAACCGGCACUAAAGGUGAGAGUCUUCCAACCAUAGAACUAUCACAACUAGAACUAAUACUGCCAAUCAGCUGUCCUCACUUUGUAAUCAGACAAUGUUUUCUGCAGACCCCAGCAUCCCAGUUGACCAUGUACUACAAAAACAGUCAACAAAUGUAGCCCCCUGACCCAAUAAUGGAUCAAUCCUCACUUACGGUGGUCCAUUCCUCCAACACUGUGGGCAGCUGUUGCAUAGAAAAGCCUGAAUAGAAAGUGGUGGGAUGGAGCGCAGAACCACGGAUGUAGGCGUCGAUUUGCCGGUUUAUAAAUUUACAUGAAUAUAAAUAUAGAGCAGCUGAAAAUGAAUGUGUGCAUGGGAGUAUUGAGCAUUCAGAUGACCCUUUUUUGCCCCUUGAAAGGAGAGAUAAUUACUGUUCCUCGUCUGAAUAUCUGUGAACAAAAAGCCAGUUGAAGAUGCUGUUUACGAUUUCUGAUUACUCUUUGACGUUGUGUUUAGACUUUUUAUAAACCAGGUAAUAAACUUAGACUAAACUGAUAAGUCGCCAUCAUGAUUGUAAAGCUAUCAUGAUUACAUAGCUAUCAUUUUAGCCAACCAGCCGUUGCUAAUUAUUACCCAGAAACCUCACAAACUCCUCACCGCAAAAUCAAGUACUGAGUGUUUACUGUUGUCAUCACUGUGAUGGACGUAACUGAAUGAAGAAGGAAGCGAUUUCUGCCCCCUCUUUCAUGUGACAGCAAUUUCUCUGUGACGUCAGGGCUUUUCCUGGUACUAGUGAGCUCUCUAGGUCAGGGUCUUUCACCUCUUCGGUUCUGAAGAAUUUGGCAAAGGACCAAACGCAACGUCACCUGUGGAAACAGCUGGUUCCUACCACAAUGAACCUGAUCAAUCAGUUAUCGACGGUGACCGUCAACACCACCCAUGAACUCAGGCCCUGUCAACAAACAGGAUUAUGUAACGCCAGCUGUUUACUGGAAGGCCUGAAACCAUUUGUUUAAAACGUCCCAUGCUGUGUUCAUUAACUGAGGAGAGAACUGAACUGAAUACAUGAUGAAGACUUGUGAUCUGAUAAUUUACUGCUUUCUCUGACCUCUGAGUCUAUUAAGAUUCACAUCUGGCAAUACCUCAGUAAGCUCAGCUGGGAUUUAAUGUUUUUAAAAAAGUAAGCAAGAACUUCGAGGGAAAGUCUCCUGUAAUAUCAAAACUGGAGCAAGUCAAGCAAAUAUUUAUGUAUCCUCCAGGAAUCAAAUAAGUCACUCCUCCGCAGCGAUUCUUCCUCUGCAGUCAGCUCUGCUAUCAUGAAAACAAACUGGUUCAUCCUCAAAUUCCACUUUGGCGGAUAUGGCCCCUAGUGCAGAAAAACCAAACAAGACUAGCUUCUCCAGGAACAGAGGGUCACUGCCUCCAGUUGGCAAGCUCUCCUUAAAAGGCUAAGAGAGAAAGAGCAGCUGUCAGAGAAUUGAAAUCUUGGAAACUGAAGCGUACCUGAUAGCAGUUUGACAGGAAGUUGUCUUUGGCCAACAGCAAAGGAUUAACGCUUCGUGGUGCAACAACAAAGAGCGCACAGCCCACACUGGAUUGUGUUUGUAGACUUUGUGUGAAAGGACAGAACCACAAAACCAACAUUUAAGGCCAACAUCCUGAAAUGGCAAUUGAGAAACCUACUUUUACGAGAAAACCUUGAUACAUCUUUCCUUAAUGCAUUUCCUGAGGAGGAUCCAGAUUUAUGGUCUUGUUGCGAGAACAUAUACUGCUGUGACUGUAGUUAAUCUGUAAAUAAUUCACAGUAUCAUGUGAGAGAGGUUGUCAAAGGUCUAUUUUGCAGAAUCGAAGAUUGAGCCAAUCCUACUUCAUGAGGAAAGAAGAUUUAAGUCAGGAAGUAAGUUGCUGCUGAAGUCCUGAGUCAUCAUCUCCCAAGUGGAUCAAUGGCGCCAAUAAAUGUCACAUCCUCUUAACUUCCAAGAAUGAAAAAAACAGUAAUAAGAUAGAAAGUUAUGCAAAUGUAUUUCAAAAGUUUGACAUUAAGUCUGAGAACUCUCUAGGCCUAUAGAGUUCACAUGAUAGCAUUUAUAAAGGUUCUUAGUUAUGUCCACAACCUACUUAAUCUGUCUUUGGCCUCUCACUGUUAUCUGCUCAGAGACUUGGUCGACAUUCUCCUGACUUAGGUUGUAAUAUACUGAUUUUCCUACGGUAACAGUACAGGCUAUGGUGCACUAUUGCUCCGUGUCAUACUGUAUCUGUCCAAUCAUACUGUGUCGAAUCUUGUUGUGACCAUUUGAGUUGAAUUGUGCCAAAUAUCUUAUCCUAUCGUAUCGUAUCCUGUUGGAUCUUGUCAUACCAUGUCAAAUUCAUUAUAUUAUUACAUACUAAGAUAAGAUACUCCUGUAUUAGUCCCACAAGGGGAAAUUCUCAAUGUAGUGAGUAACAUAAGAGUGUACCUUUAUUUUGUGAUGUUGUAUCAUAUCCUACUGAAUCAAAUGUACCACGGUGUGUCUUACCUUUUCAUUUAUACCAUACCGCACAGUAUAUAAUUCAUAUUGAAAAGAUGCUGUGUACAAAGUUUACAUAUACAAGUAUAUAUACUGCUAGGGCUGGGCGAUAAACCGAAAAUUUACUGAUACCAAAAUUUACGACAGUAACCAGCGUCAUUUUGCCCAUGCCAAUAUAUUCAGUGUCAAAAAACUAAAUAAAUGAAAGUUGUUUUUGGAUGUGUGUAGGUAGGCUAUGGUCUCAUGUCCCUUUAAGACGUUGUCCUACGUCAGAGACAUGACUCCACCCCAUCCAGUCUGUAACAAAGAGGGAAAGACAGGUGAGGAGAUGGAGGACGGUUCAAAAGUUAGAGCGGCUGGAGCAGAGGCUGAAGUAGACAAACUUAAUGUGGAGGGGGUGAGCUGCUUGUAGAGUAGUUAUCGAGGUGAACCGCUCAAUGUAUCGUGAUAUUGAUUUGAGGCCAUAUCGCCCAGCCCUACAUACUGUAUUGUCUUGUAUUUUGCUGAGUCAGGUCUUGCUGUGUUUCUGAAAUAUUUCGCUAAAAGAUUUUGAGGUUCGAUCAACACUAUGGAAAAACAUAUCUAGUAGUAGACCUUUUGGGAAAGAAUCUGUGUGUUUCUAGUUUUACUUCACUGUCCUAAAAGAGACCCCAGACUCUCCUGAGUGGGUCUGUUCUGCUACUGUAAGGCACCAAGUUAAAGAAAAAUAGGUCAUAGAGGGACUUUGCUGUGUGUCGGGAGAAACAUUCACUCGUCCAUCUUCUGUUUAAGUGGACGAUAUCUGACGCAAACAUUGUGGUAUCUGCACCAAAUGGUCAGUGAUCCCCUCAUUCCUCAACUGAACAGCUCAGAAUUCAGAAUGACCCCCCCUGUACGGCCCCCUCCCAUGAGAAUCGGAUAUGAAUCGACGUCAGGCCUGUCAGGUGCAAUCAUCCCUCAUCCCUUGCAUGCUAAGGCGUCUGAACAGAGCCGAAGCUGCAGGCCCUCCUGCCUGUGAAAGCCCAGGCUUUCCUGAGGAGAGACAGUGGCAUCCUGUCUUCAGGCUCAGUGCUCGUCAGUGAUCGUUUUGUAUUCCCGAAGAGCCGCGGACUCCCAGAACUUGACUUCCUGUCUCCCAUGCAUGCCCCACAGCCACUGCUGUGAGCCUCCACAGAGAAGCGGAACCCUGUGUUUAAAGUGUGAGCUUUCACUGCCUCCUCUGUCGCCUUUUGACGAUUCACUGGGUGCUGACUCGCUAACUCUGCGGGUGCUGAGGGUAGUGGGGGUGGGAUCCUGAGGGACUUUAUAAUAAGAGCAGAGGGGAGGACAGGAAGCUCUCAAAAGACUGCUGGCUAAAUGCAUAAGUUAUUUGCAAGAUGGGUGGAAGGCCUUGAUGGUAAACACAUUUUCCAAAUCACAAGUGUAGAGUAUCAUGUGGGUGUUUGACGCUGAAAAAGCUUGACAAGAAGGAAACAUAUUUUGUAUGCAAGCGAACCUUUUUCAUCUUCAGAGUUAUCUCUGCAAAAGUGUUUUUAUAUCAACAGUGGAUCACACGGCUUUAAGAAGGUGAAAGGUGUCGCCCAACUCUGCAGUCUCGUUCGAGUUCUUCAAAGCUUUUUAGAGACUUUAAGCUCAUUAUUUUUGUUUUUUGACACCUCACCACUUCACUGCUUUCCUCACUCUCUGUGCCGUUUUAAGUGGAAAAGCUGUAAAGAAAACUAUGAACACUGUCUCACCAGUAAGAAAUUACUCUCAGACACACAGUGAGUGGUGAGCUGGUAAAUCAAAAACACAGUAUACAGUGGGUGGGGGGUUAUCAUGCUUUUCCACAUUUACAAUAAAAACUGCAAAGUUACAAAGUUUAGUCUCCAUACUAUAUGAAUGCAAAGUUUCAAAUCACAAGGUAAACCUAGUUUAUCAAAAUCUAAAAAUGUAGACGCAAACUGCUCAAAUCUCAGACAAACGCAAAAAUGCGAGAUUGCAGUUUAUGUGCAAGAUUUACUUAAAGAUGAUGUACGAAUUAUUGACUCUCCUAACCCUUGGCAGGCUUUUGGAAAGCCUCCAGAAAGGUGGCCAAUCAGAAGACAGUAGGCUUGAGGAGGGGCGGGGCCUUAAAUAGACAGUAGCUAAAACAAAGCAUUCCAGACGGAGGUUGAUGUAAUUAUAUUUUAAUACACCACUGUAAGAAAUUUGAGUCUAAAAGUCAUGUAAAGCUAUUAAAGAAGAAUCAGAAAAGAAAUAUAGAGUCUGAAAAAAAUGCAUGAUAGCAUUUCUAGUUCUUCAUUUGUUCAAGACUCCAGAUCUUAUUUUUCUUCUCUGCUCUCAAGGGUUUUUUUUUUGUCUGUUUUUUUGGCUGCAGCUGAGGUUUUAAAAAUUAUAUUUAAAAAAAAGAGUCAUCAGCAUUUUCAUCUCUGAAAUAUUCAGAUGCGUGGGGGUAAGCUUCACCGUCUCCCUUUGUUCGAGAUGAAGUCUGCGUCUUAAUCUGCUCACCUCCUAUUCUCCUCCUUGGUUUGGAAGAAUAAAAGAGCAGAUUUUGUUAUGAAAACAGAUGUAAUCUAAACUCCCUUCCAACACCAAACAGGUUUUUGGUGUCAAUGAACAGCUUUUUCAUUAGCUUAUCUAAGUACUUGAUGCCUACCUGUGACGUGUGUAACUGUCAGGUGUGAUGGAAAUGUCUGAGUGUGUUGCCCUGUCAUUAUCACAGCGUCAUGAGCACCAGUUCAGCAGGAUUCCUCCUUGGUCCUUCCUCGUUUUGUGGCAAGCUUUCUUUUGCUAAAUCCUACUCCUGAUUCAUCUACCUGCGUUUCAUUUGUACUUUUCAGCUGGAUUCUUUUCAAGGUCAUUUCUAGUGUCCAAAAAGUGCAAAAAUUUCCUCUGAGGCAACUCUAAAAAACAAGUUGAACCAGAAAAACUCAGGACUUGAGUAAACACUUUCGAUUUUGAGCAUAAGUUACAUCUCACGUAUGAUAAAUAAAACUCUAUUGUGCUGUAAAAUGGUCAAAAAAUGUUCUGUGGGGCUGCAGAUCGACUUCCUCUGAGGAUGUAUCAAGUUUAAAGUCCAGUUUCGCUUCCUUCCUCUCUGACCCUUUUCGAUUACGGGAGCGCCGAGUUAGUGACCACAUCUGUGUCUGUUUCAGGCUACGAGGCAGUUUCUGGAGGAAAUCAACAAGUGGACCAGUCAGCAUGGGGUGUCACCGCUGUCCAGGGAUUUGGCCAUCAAGUUCCUCAUGGCUCGCAAGUUUGACGUCCUGAGAGCUAUUGAGCUUUUCCACAGUUACAGGGUAAGACGUCAGAAGAGAAUCGCUUAAUUUAGACUAACCUGCGGAAGUUUAUGCUCACCUGGUACCUUUACUGGUUAUUUACACUUUACACAAUUUAAAGAAGAUGAAUGUGCAGUUCAACAGGGAGGAAAAUUUGUUGUAGGAAGCAGUUGGUUAACAUGACUGAACACACAGUCUGUAGGUGAGCUAUGCUAUGUUGGUUCAUUGAGUGUGGCUAACAUUAGCAGAGCUAGUACCGUCAGCUUAAACACAACAUAUGAUCAGCAUUUUCACUCUUGGCACAAAACAUACGUGAUCAAUGAAGUUACGAACAAGCCUUCAAUUAGACCAGUGAUCUCCUUAUAAUCAAACACUGAUGCAGAAGCUAACAUCGGCCCUCUACGGCUGUGCCAGUAGCUUGCAAGAUAUCAUCUCUUUUUUUUGAAGACUCCAUUAUAAUUAUGCAUUUUUCCUAAAAUGCAGUUUUUAAGAUUAAAAAAGCCAGUUUGGAGUCACUUCAAGGCUGACUCUGAAAAUGCUGUUUCACACAAAUCUCAAUGUCAGCACAGUAAUUUCUUAAAACCACUUCAAUCUCCUAAUACCUGUCUUGCAUACUGUUAAGCAGCCCACUUCAAGCAUUAGAUAAGAAUUGUGGUAUCAUCAAGUUUUAUUCAGCUGCGAGGUUGAAGAGAUGAGAAAAUCGACCGGAAAACUGUUUUUUUUUUUUUUUUUUUCUUAACAGAUUUUAAAGUGAUUUCCAGUCAAUCUGCAGAGUGCAUCAAAAUUUCUGAGACAAGUAAUCAAAUAAAAUCUGAUACCAGUGCAUUUGUUGCAUUGUCUUAAAAUCUGGUCAGUUACGGAGAAAAAAAAAAAAAACAGUUCCUGAAAUUGAAAGUUUUCUUCAUCUCACGACAUGUACAAACUCAUUUAACCCUUUUUGUUCUAAUGAAGACAUUGCAAAACUUUCCGAAAAGUUAAAGGCGCAGUCCCUCGAGUGUCCACUUGAGGCUGGAUUUAAAAACCUAGGGAUCCCUGUAAACACUCAUGUUAAAAUCCCCAUUUUAAAAAACAAUGGGUGGUGUUACAGAGACGAUAUGUUUUACACAGUUUAUGAUUAAGUUAAGAAGUUAGCCGAAUCAUGCAAUGACACAUGUUGUACAUGUGAAGUUAAAGGCUUUAUACUCAAGCCUGUCAAACGUAAAACUACUGCAAGGAUUUUCUAGCCGAUCACAAAAACAAAUUGUCAUUGAUACAUUUUUAUAAAGCACAAAAACAAACCAGACAGUAAGCGAAAGGAUUUCCUGUGUCUGUUCAGUCAUUUAAGGCGUCUAAAACCUCUGGCAGGGUACAAGGGUAAGAUAAAUUGACUAAUUAAUCACAGAAAUGGCCUUUUUUAUGUUUUCCAUCCAUGGCAAAGAUGUCCAAUAAGUGUUCAGACUUGAACUUGAAUGUACAAGACAAAGCUAGUUAAGAGUUACUUCUUUUGUCCACAAGGGGUGCCAAAAUCAACAUGAACCAAAAAUUCCUUACAGGAGCUUUAAAUGAUAACCAUGCAAUAUCCUGUUAAAAAAAGAGAUAUGCCCGUUUACACUGUGCAAACAGGUGUUUUUAUUCUCAAUGACUGCAUUUGUGUAGGUCUUUUCUUAGCUCAGGGUCGUCAGUUGAUGAAAGGAGAUAGUGAGAGUGACUUGCACGGCAGAGCGCUUCUGUCAACAGGUUUUAUGAGAAGCAACAAGACCCUGAGGCUGUGUGCUUAACAAUGCAAGGCUGAAUUAUAGCUGCAGCAGAGCAUAAUGUGACUAAUGUCAUGAGAUUGUUUUCAGAGGAGCUGAUUCAUACCGAGCUGUUACUCAGGAUGUUUUGAGGAGAACUCAGCUUCUCUGAAACCUAAAUUAAGAGACAUUUCCAACUAAUGUAAAUAAAUUGGUAAUUACACGUACGUAGACAAAUAUGCUGUUCAUCUUUUCAUUAAACCACAUAACCAUGAAUUUUGUUAACUGUGUGGUUAUGCAAGUUUUCUCUGAAAAAUAACUCAUUUUUUUCUGUGAUUUUGCUGGACAACAAAUAUCAAGGCUAAGAUGAAAAAAGCAGCAGAAGAAGAAGAUACGAUGUUGUAUCUGCUGAAUUUGGUGCAUUUAAGAUCCACCUGCACCUGAUUAAAAAGCAUAAAAAGUCAUUUCAAAGUAAAGGUUAGCAGUCAGACAUCACAGAGCCACAUGCUGACUCCAAGGUGGAAGAGCAGAGGUCACGCAGAGCUUCUUCACUACGCCCACAGCGCAGCAACACAAGACCUUUUCAUUGAACAAAGGUUCUCAGAAGUGGUUCAGAGCAACAGAUCGCCUAAGCAGAUGCACCCAAAACCUUGGGCCAGACACACACAGAUAAACACAAACGCACACACUGAAUUAUACACCCUGAGAAGCAUGCAGGCUUACACCAGUGAGUUUGAAACUUAGCGCAUAAUCAGCUGAGGUUAUGAGUUAUGAGGUCAGUGGAAAUGAGGAACUUCAAGUUUUCUCAGGAAAGGGUGUAUUUGGCCUGUGUGCAAAUACAAACUUUUAUUAUUAUCAAACUUAAUGACAGACCUGAACGUGAGUAUCUAUAUGUGUUAAAUCAAAUACGAGUGAGAUUGAGGUUCUCUUCAUAUUUGAUCUCAUAUUUAAGAAACUCUCUGAGCUUUUCUCAAAGUGAAAAAUGCAAAACAACAACGUACCUCUACUUAACUCAACUGAUCUUCUUCUUUUUGUUUCCUUUGUGUUUACUCAACUGUUAACCACCCCCUUGAGGGCAAACCUGAAAGACAGCACUCUCACAGUAUGUAGCUGUCGAGGAAAAAACACAAACUUUAGGAUCCAGUUCGACAAAAACACAUUAGUCUGUUCUUUAGUUAUUCUCAAGCUUAACAACGCUGAGAAACUGGAAGUUAAAACCAAGCUCUUGUGGUGAUUUAUGCAUAAUAUAUUUUAACACACCACUUGUAGACACAUUGACAUGUUGUCAUAACCACUGUUGCAACACUUAUGGAGUUGCCCCACUUCUGUUCAGGGUCAGAUUCUGGAUGACAUGUUGUGCAUGGGCAACGGUUGUCCUGUAUGCUUUGGUGUUUUUCCGCCUCUGCAUCCGUCCGUGUCAGUCAGUACGUUUACAUGACACUUGAAAAAACAAAAGUAUUGCCUUACUCUGAUAAAGACCGGAUAACUGAAGUAAAUGUAAACACCUUAGUCCGACUAUAAUCAGAGAAGAGGAGUAGCGUGCAUCUCAUCUGCAGAAAAAGCAGCGCGAACAUCAUGUACGACAAAAAGCCACUUCUGACCUCUGGCACGGAUCUGCUGCUGUUGUUGACGGUUGUACGGGGUAGGAAACAGCGCCACUGAAAAGACCCAUAUCGCCCCCUGGUUUUGGGGAGGAGGCGAAAAGAAAACUGAAGUAUAAGCUUAAUCCAAUUAAGCUGUGUAUGUAAACGCACUGACUUUGCACCCUCUCCCUUUUUGACAAAACCCAGGGAGCCAAUCAUCACCCGCUCAUGACGAACUGAGAGGCUGCAGAUCUCCAAUUAAGGCUGAAUUGUUGAUAUUUCAGCAAAUCAAUUCAAAACUUGCUUAAAAACACAACUCUGACAUGCUGUAAAUGGCUUAUUUUUUUGCCUUGAUCCAACAGGGACUGUUUCUAUCUGGUUUCUUGAAAUUUAUGUGCCGAGCUUUUGCUUUAAAAAUGGCACUAAAGUGUCUUAAAACCAGGGUAACAGAUCUGUGUUAAUCUGGAUCAAGUCGAGGGCACAGCGUGGCACCAGUUUCUCUCUCAAAGUCCUCGCCACUUUGGCCCUGGUCUGACUCAGACCUUUGGCUUUUUUUUGUGCGUGCGUCAUCUCAAAACUCUCCCUUUGAACUUUCAUCUCCUCACUCCUUCCUUUCCAAAAGUAAUAUUCAAAGAAAUUCUGCUGAAAGGUAGAUGGAUGGCGUUUGAGGUCUCACUGUGGGCAGAGCAUAAUCAAAUGUAUUUGUUCUUGACGCAUCCCUGAGGUAGCAGCUGGUACCAUUACCAUCAAAAUGGAAAAUGAUGAAAGCAAUCAACUUCAGGGAGACGGCCAUCGAUCAGACUGUAGGUCUCAUUUAGUUUCUGAUCUGAAAAUAACAUCUACAUAAUCACAUAAUCAAGACUUCCUCCUAUGAGUCACGUAAUAACAACCAGGGAGUUGAGUGUAACGUCUCAUUUUGUCUCUAAAUGGUCUAUACCGCCUUAAAUUUCAUUAUGGUCGAGUUUGAGCGUACUAAAUGAGAUCUAUCAGCUCAGAUCUGCUCUGGUUUAUCUACUGCAGCACAUGGAAAGUUCUCCAAUGAUCUCACUCAGGCUCUUAAUGACCUGAAUAGCUCUAAGACAUGGCAGGAUUGAAGUUAAUUCCCCUCAUUCACUAAAGUGGGGUCUCUGCAAUGAAAAGUUUCCGUGCAUAAACGCGGCUCAUUAAUGAAUGUGACUUUGAGAAGGAUUAUCCCCCCCCUGCCUGUACCCAUGGUUCAUUUAACUCGGUUUAAUGCUGCGUCAACACCCGGACACAGGCAGGGUACGAGUAAUUCAUCUGGACGAACAUUGAGGCAAAGAUCCUGGUGAAAUGGUGUUUUGGUUGUUGAGAGAGAACGAAGCUGGCAUUAAAGGAGAGGCUGCCAGCCGAGCAUGCAGUGGAAAAAAAAGUCUCUUUGUACCUGCGAAGAACUUUUUACUGCAGCUGUAGUCUGAGUAGUUUCAGAUGAGGUUUCCUUACUUUGAAUGAUUCAGAGAUAAAUCAGAGCCAGAUGUUUGAGAAGGCAAGAUUCAAAGAUAUUCACACAUACCCUCACGUGAUAUUAAUAUUCGUUGAUCUUAAUGUAGUUUAACAGAAUUACUGUUUUCAACUUAUUUUGUUCUUACAGGCUAUUUAAACUCAAACCAAUUAAUAAAAAUGUGCAUGCUCCAUGUGCAGAGGUUGCAGUCCUUCUCGGGGUUGGUUCCUGGUUUGAUUCCCAACUGUGACUCUUCGCUGCAUGUCUUACCUCAUUUCCUUUCUUUAACUGUCCCUUAAAUAAAAGUUCAGCAUAUAGAAAUAGCAGUAUCAAACAAUAUCUAACCGUCAGACUCCUUUGCUCACCCCUCUAACUGGUGAGCAAUGGUGGCCUUAGAGGACAAAAAGCUUCUAUGGUGUACGAGAAGUAUGAUCCUCCAUUUUAAAGAUUCUUUUUUUUCUAUCAAAAAUUCUUUUAGCAGCGGACACGGAACAGUGGUGUAGUGGUUGGCACCGUCGCCUCACAGCAAGAAGGUCCUGGGUUCGAAGCCUGUGUCCUUCCUCCCACAUCCCAAAAACAUGCAAGAGUGGGGUUAGGUUAAUUGGCCACUUUCAAAUUGCCCGUAGGUGUGAAUGUAAGCGUGGAUGGUUGUGCAUCUCUGUUUGUCAGCCAUGCGAUGAAUUGGCGACUUGUCCAGAGUGUCCCCUGCGUUCGCCCAAAGAUGCUGGGAUAGGCUCCAGCACCCGCGACCCCUAACGGGAUUAAACGGUAGAAUAUGGAUGGAUGGAUGGAUUCUUUUAGCAGCUGUCCAUGCAGUCAUUUACAUACUUAUUGAAUUUCCCUUCGGGGAUUAAUAAAGUCCUUCUUAUUCUUAAAUCAAAAACACAUAUAUAUUAUACUGGUUUGUCUGUGUCACUGUAGAAACAAGAUGGCGGCCUCACUGGAAGAUAUGAAAAGGCUCAUCUCAAGCAACAAACACAAAUAUUUGUAUAUCCUGGUGAUCAUACUUUAAUUUAAACAUACUAAAGAAUAUUUUAUCCAAUUUCUACCAAGUCUGGUCUGCUAAAUGCCGCAAAAUAAUUCAGACUGUAAAUUAAAAGGCAGAAAUUUCCAGGAAUUAUGUUUAAAAAAUGAGUCGAGUGAGAGAUGAUGGAUGCUCAAAGUUGUUUGAUGGGAGUAAAUAGAAAAUAAAACACAAUAUUUGUUGACUUGAAUGUCGUUUAAGGCUAGUAGCACAAAAGCCAAUCACAAUGCAAGUCGAUGUUUCGUCUUAAUUCCAGGAAAAGAAAGUGUGUUAAUAGGAUUAAGUUAAGCCACAUUAACCCGACAAGUCCAGAAUAAAGAUCCUGUUUCAAGUUAUUACACGCUAAAAAUGAGAACUGAAUUCCUUGUAAUAAGUCAAAAAUAAACCGACCAAUAACCUUUUAAUUUUUAAAAAUAAUUUCAUUUUGUGAAGAAUUGACGAUUUCAUUUUUGACUUUUUACAAUCAAGUCAAGUCUUAUCUUUGGAAUUGUGGAUUAGAUAUAACCUUUUAUAAGACUUUUUUACAAGAAAUGUUAUAAAACACUUUCAUAAGCGUCUUAAAAAAAUGACGGCAUGAAACACACACAAAGUCUAGUGUGUUGGAAAAAAAUGAAUGAAAAUGCAGCUCCAAUUAAAAUAAAAAAGUGGAAACACUGGAUCCGCUCUUCCAAGUGAUGUCAACCUGUUGCUGCUUAUUCGAUUUAAACUUCAACCUCCCGAACGAAGAAACACAGAAACAGAUUAACCAUGUGAAUAUAAUCAACAGUUUAAGCUAUAGCCUUAAUCCUGUUAGUUUAGCAGAGUAGAAAGACCAGAACCAAGAGGCCUUACUCCGCCAGAAGGUAAAAACACACAACUACCAACAUAGCUAGAGGUAAAUGACUGUCAUGUGAUGUUUAGUUUGGAAAUCAGGGUUUACAAAAAUGUAAAUGACAACUUACUUUGUUGUCCUUACUUUGAGGCAGCUGAGCACAAACCCCCUGAAGGCUUUUACGUGUAAAUUAGUUAUAGUUUUUAAGACAAAAAAAAGCAUGUAAAUAAGUUAUACUUUAGAGGUGUGAGCAGGUAAAUAUUGGCUCAUUUUAACUUGUGUUGUCAAUCAUUACUGAAAGGCUGAGCUGGACUCUCAGCUGUCAGGUAUCAGGUCUAUCUGCAGGACUCCAGUAUUACAUUACAUGGAAAAUCACUGCCCAGUGGUGUAAUAUACUCUUUAUCUUUUCAUACUCCUUAUAUCUGAUAUCUUUCUCUCAUAUUUGUCAGCCAUUACUAAUAACCUGCAUUAGGUUGAUAUAAAUAGAAGCUGUUUCCAUCAUGUGGAGAAACUAAACCCACUUAAAUCAAAGCAAAUGAAAUCAGGAGGAAGAUAUUUUAGGUGACAGCUGCUCCAGGUGAGGAUGGUUUAUUCACGAGCGUUUCCUGUUAAAGUUUGUUUGAAUGUUCCUUUAACAGAGCCCACAUUAUUCAAUAAACAAAGAAACCUCAAAUCUAACUGUGAAUGACACCUCCCUUGCUCCGGCCUCAGAGCGAGUUCACGAAACUCCCACUCAGCCUCCUCGAGGGAGGAAUGGAAACCUUGAAGAGAGGGAUCCUCCUGACAGGAAAAGUCAGGCGGAUAAUUGUCUAUUGUUCACAGAGAGGAAUUCACCUCAAAGUGACGGUCUGUUAUAGAGCUACUCUGCAGCCCGACUUCACCUGCUGUGCUCUUUUCUUCUCCGGCAGGAAACACGUCUGAAAGAAGGAAUCGUCCGCCUUCAGCCGCAGGAAGAACCUUUGCGCUCAGAGCUGCUCAGUGGAAAGUUCACAGUGUUGGUGAGAGUCUCCAGUAAACCUCCUCUUCAUUCAUCAUCCUUACAGUGGAAAAGUCCUGAGUCGUGCCAUAUUUACUCAACAGUUAAAGAGUUAUUCCGGGGAUGCGAAGUAUUGGAUUCUUGAUGAUAUGCAGAUAGUUUGAAACCAAAGCUGAUGCGAGUAUAUCAUACAUCAACCUUGCUUUAAUUAAUUCAGGGAUUGAUUAAAUGUUACGCUCCUCCACUUUUUGGCAGGUUUUUGCCAGUUCUGCUGCUUUUUUUUUGUUCCUACUUUUCAGAAACUUUUGGUGCUGUUCGAGAUGACGCUUCUUUAAAAGUACAAUUAAAUCUGUGGUUUUUAAGAGUGGGUUUCAUGCUUCAAUAUUUUGCAAGUACAUAUAAAGUGUUGGAUGUCACUCAGUACAUUUACUUGUUCUUCAAAGAAUCAAUUUAUCGCAGUACUCUGACUAAAAACUGGGCUUUAAAAAUCUGUAUAAACAUGUUAGUCCAGCUGAAACUAUCUCCUCUACCUCCUCUAUUUGUCAGUCAUUUUUAUUUAGCCUUUUAAUUUGCUAUAUAUUAAAUAUUAUUGUAUUUUAUUUUAUUUAGUCUUUAGUUUUGUUUAUGCACAGCACUUUUCUUACAUUAUAGCUGUUUCUGUUAUUUCUAGUUAUUUCUGCACGGCCCUAAACAUGCAGCCAUAUCCCAUUUUUAUUCAUUUUAAAUGGAGAAACACAACUGCGUAGUGUGGCAACAGUGGAGGAGGCUUCUUGAGUGCUAGAGAGGCCUUAAAGAGACAGGAGGAAAACGUUUGAGCUGUAAAUCUUCCAGCCAACAAGUCGAUGCUUGUCGUUUAAGUUUCCACUGUGUCACCUUAACGACAGUCAGUAUCAGAAUUGUUCAUAUCUGCUCGUACCAAAAACUUGCUUUUUGGUGUUAUCUGUUGGGGACAACACAAUAUAACCCAAGAUGGUUCAGGCAGCAGAAUUAAAUCAGUCAAAUUAAACCAAAAUGGAGAGAAGUGUGGCAGUGUUAUCUGUUUUUUUCCCCAGAUCCCAGUUAUAACCUCUUCCUCUAUUAUUCACCAAAACCUAUUGAAGAUAGGUGAGAUACGUGAUCAGACAUAUUUUUUAAUUCAACAAUGAAACUCAAGCUUUUACCCACAUUUAGAUGAGUAUUGAAAAAUUGCAUUUAUAUCAUAGACUCGUGAGUUUAUGGUACGAUGUGCAGGAGAGUGGGUGUUUUCCAUUUUCCUCGGCCUGAAUGAAACUGUCCUCUCGCUCUUCUCUGGUUAUUGUCUGUGUGCAAGUUUCACAAAACAUGUUAGAGUGCAACAUUUCGGCUGUAAUGUAACACCGAUAAGGAUUCAGAGUUUCAUUUGAUUGACUCCUUCAUGUGAGGUUUCCUGUACCAGGUAAAUUUAGCCUUUUAAUAGCCAAGUAGUGACCAUAAAAGACGCUCUCCCCUUUCAGCACACAGACACGAACACACUCUGCCACUCUCCUGUGUUUCCUUCCUCUUUGACGUGCCACAGUGGCAUUGAUGCUGCACAUCCUCUUGUGUGACGUCCGAGUCCUCCAGCCUCACCAGCAGGCUUCAUAUCCUGUCUGAGGUAUUUAUAGCCCCCACGGUCAGGAACUCGGGCUUAUUUGCUUACAAAGGACGUCUCUUUGGUACCUUUGAUCAGCAGCUUCAUCCAACUGCACAGCCUCUGGUUUUAUAGACACCAGCAGCCUUGAAACUGAUCCAGUUUGACGUGAAAAAUAUCAUCUGGAAGAGAAAAAAAGCAGCUCAGAGACCUGCAGCAUCAUCAUUGACAACAGUUGUUCCUCCUGCUGAAUUGUUGACAGCCCUCUUUGGCUGCAGGCCAGAAACCAGAAAAUGAACUUAAGUGCCCCCCUGUGGUCAGUAUUCAUCCUUCAAUUUUGCAGAGCUUCCAUUCAGCUGCCUUUUUGACCCAUUUUAAGUCAGCCUCAGUGAGCUACGGAAGGCAUUUAGCGACCUUCGCAGACAUCAAGAUUCAUGGAUCUGACAAGAAAUUCAUGAUAUUUAUCAUAGAUUCAUAAAAGUGACGAUGUGUAACCUUCUGUUUGAGUGUAAAUCUGGAUAAAAUUCAGGUUGAAAGAGUUGGUCGAGAGCUGAUAUAACCUGUUAGUUUUGUGUAUUUCAGAGUGUCCGGGACCCCUCAGGGGCCUCCAUCGCCUUGUACACGGCCAAGCUUCAUCACCCAAACAAGACAGGCAACCAUGUGGUGCUUCAGGCCCUCUUCUACCUCUUGGACCGGGCUGUGGAGAGGUGAGGACUUCACAUAAUUCACUUUACAUUUUUGUAUUUUUGUUGAUUUUGUUCAAAGUUUCUCAGUUUGAUGUUGUUUUAGUGACCUUUUUGUGUGUUUUAUGUGUAUUUCUGCUCAAAAAAAAACCUCAAUACCUGAUUUUCUCAACACAAUAUUUGCACUAAAACAGCAACAUUUUGUUUUGAAAUGACAGUGAAAUAUUAUAUAAUAUCUGCUUGGCACUCCAUCCUUUUGCAGUUUUGAGACCCAGAGGAACGGCUUGGUGUUCAUCUACGACAUGGCCGGCUCCAACUAUACAAACUUUGAGCUGGACCUGAGCAAGAAGAUCCUCAACCUGCUCAAGGUUUGUCUGAUUUUAACAUGUUUUCACAUCAUGUGCAAAAAGGCUGAUGAAAAUAGAUGCUUUAUUCUGAGAACAGUGUCCUGUACACACACCAUUAGAUACAAACCUCUUAUCUAUACUGAAAGAACAUUAGAUGUAUUCACUUCCUGCGCUGGAUCUGAUCCACCCCUUUCCUGAGCCAGGUAACUACAUUACUCCUGAGUUAUGUCCCUGAUCCUGUAAAGCAGCUGAGAGGUGAUAUCUUCAAGGCCUGUCUAAAGGGCAGAAGAAAUGUCUCCCAGAAUAAGCGGAGAAGUGUUAUUCUAUUCCUUCUCCUUAGGGACUGGUGAUUAUUUUCGCAGGUACUCGGGAGUCUGCCUCCCUCUCUGUGAUUUGUGCUUUAAAGGUUAGCAGUUUGUCAUCUGGAGUCAAUAGCGCGGACGCUUUAGUGGUUGCAUCAGGAUCAAUGCUGGUGUAUUUCUGUCGCUGAGUUAUGUUCAGUAGGAAAAAGCUUUUUAGACGAAGAGUCAGAGUUAGAGCUCAGGUAUCAAAUGUUUUGACUGUGUCUUCAUAACAUGGAGAUACUGUGAGUUUGUCUUUCAGUGGAUACUCUACUGUGAAUGGUGAGGUCAUUUUAACAAGCAUAUAACUGUCUGUAAUGUGACCUUUUAGGGCACACUUCAAAAAACGACUCUGAUCAUAUAUUGUGCCGUGUCUCUCCACCAGGGGGCGUUCCCUGCCAGGCUGAAGAAGGUGUUGAUCGUGGGUGCCCCUGUUUGGUUUCGAGUGCCCUACAAUCUGCUCAGCCUGCUGCUGAAGGAGAAACUCAGAGAGAGGGUAAAUGCUUCAUGUUUGUGUUAACGCUUUCAAAAAGCAGCAUGCAGUGAGUGAGUGAGUGAGUGAGAAAGCAAUGCAGUGCCAUUGAUCGCUACAAGUGAUCAUUGGGUUUGGGGCUUUUCUGUGACCGCUAAUCCCGCCUGCUGUCAGGGAUGUUGAUGCUGGAAUAACUGGAGUCAAUCAGACCACCACAUUACCGUCCCUGAAGGGUUUCAUUAGAACAGAUUUCUUUUAAUGAAAUGCAACAAAAAAUGUGACGUUGUUUGUGUACAGAAGAUUACAACUUGUUUUUUCUGCAAUAACGGUGAUUUUUAUAGGGUCAAUAGAAUAAAAACCAAGACUAGAAACAAGACUAAAAAAAACACAAGUGCUGCCUGAUAUAAAGAUGGGAAAAAAACAUUACAUCUGCAAACAGCCCUUUCACUACGUGGGGGGUGUGACGCAUGUUAGCAAAUGUCACUUUUAAGUGAACAUAAAUUUACUUGUCAGAUUAUUCAUAAAACUCUGAAGAGUAUGUGCAUUUCUGUUUGUGGUGUUAAACUCUAGAACAGCCACUUUAAAAAAGUCCAAUAACAUAAAAAUAUUUAAAUCAAGCUAUAGAGAAGUAUUAAAAAAUUCAUAUAAGUAAAAUAACAAAAGUAUGGUUUUAUACUAAAUAUACUUGAUUGCAUAGAAGUAAAAUUAAUUCUUCAUUAACUCUGAUUAUUAUUAUUAUAUGCAAAUAAUUAUAAUAAGUAAUGUAUAUAGUGUUGAGCAGAUAUCUUUGUGUAUAAUAUGUAGGUAUUUAUACAGAUCUUUGUAAUUUAUACAACUUUAUUAUUUUUUUUCACUCAUUAUUGGCUCUGAAACUGUUUGUUUUUGACAUACAUAUGUUGUGUAAAUUUGUCUUUGACAUGUACAGUUGUUUGGUGUACACAUGUAGUUGAUUGUUGUUGUUCUUAAAGUUUGAGAUAAAUAAAAAAGAAAGAAAGUUAUAGUCAUAAUGGCUGCAGAUAGUCCUGUUUAAGCACUCACCCUGAAUUGACAGCGCAGCCUGUAAACUUGAUGUAAUUCUUGCCUUUCGCCAGAAGGUGGCACUAUGAAAAAAGUACAAUAAUGGCAUAUAGAUAUUUUUAGUAAAGGACAUUACUUUGUAUGUUUGUGUUAUUGUAACUUCCUGUUGUAUGGCGUCACAUCAAUUCAAUUAACUCUAAUUUAGAAUUUUUGAUUAAUCCCUCUAGGGGCAAAUUAUACUGAGCAGGAACAGAUUUUAAGUUAAACACAAGAGCUCACAUAUGAAGUCUAAUAAAAGAAGUCCCAAAUAUCGGUAUCAAAUGAGUAAUUUUACAACGUCUACCGUGGCCACUCCCACCAAGUUUUGUUCUCAAACUUAAGAACCUUUGUUUCUCAAAGUUUUCUCUGGUGCUGCAGACAAUUUGAGGUGGGUUAGAUUGACCCCAUGAGAGAAACAAAUCCAACUUUUAAAGGAAAAAAACAGUUUUUCAGAUGUUAAAUUUUGACGAACCACCAUGGCCACACCCUCUGAGUUUUGUUCACAAGCUGAGGAGGUUUUUCUCUUUAUUGUUUCUUCUGGUGUUUCACCUAAUUCGGAGUGAUUGGGACUGUUCUCAUAGGAGGAGUUCAUCCUGUUUCUGCUACAUUUUAGUAUUUUAAAAUACUCCAGAAGAUGCCAAAGUGUACUCAAUAUUCAGUAACAUGAACUUAAUCAAAUUAUUUCUCAAGUACAAGCUAGAGACUGAAUUUCGCUGACACUGUCUGCCUCCAGGUUCAGAUGGUGAAAAUGGCGGAGCUGCGACAACACCUCCCCAGAGACUGUCUCCCCCAGCACCUGGGCGGCCUGCUGCCUCUCGACUCAUACAGCUGGAACCAGCAGCUGCUGGCGGGUCAGAACGGCCGGGUUGACCCAGUGGACGAGCUGGUUGGCAUUCCCGUUGAAGACGCCUCCAUACACGUCCCCGGACCUGAGUCGAUGCGUCCACAGGAGCUGCUGGCACACCUUGGCCGGCUGCAGCGCUCAGGCAUCCAUCAGGAGUAUGAGGAGCUGCGCAAAGAACCUCCACCUGGAACCUUUCACUGUGCACAGUGAGUUCACGCUCAUUUGAAACAUCUGUCUCUGUCUUCUUGUAGUUAAGGGUUUUUAUUAUAAUUAAUAUACCUCAGCUUGAAUUCAUGCAGCAGUGAGGGUCAUGAGUAACUUGUUUCCUAUCAUUUGCCCACAGAUCUGUCUACAAUCAGGAGAGGAAUCGCUAUGGAGACGUGCCGUGCCUUGAUCAAACAAGAGUCCGUUUGAAACCCAGAAGAAACGAAGUGAGUGUUUUUAAUCUGUUCGCCGCGAGUGUCAUCCAAAACACAAUGAAAGAAAAAAGACAGUUUGACCAGCGAGCAGUUCCUUUUGUGGUUCCUCUCGUCUGCCAAGAAAUGUGCCAAGCUUCAUCCUUUUGAAAGGCUGUCAGGCUGCCAGCACUCGGCCUUACAAAAAGGCUGGUAUUCGUCCAGCUUGAGGGACAGUCACUGAGAUCAGUCUGUUGUGCUUCAUCAGCCCCGUCGCAGUUUCAUUAGGUUACUGCAGCCCUUGUACUGCUUCUUCUUAACAUGAGCGAGGGUUACUAGUAUUAUUAUGUUGUUCCCACAGAGAUCUGACUACAUCAACGCAAGCUUCAUGGACGGCUACAAACAAAGGAACGCAUACAUAGGUACACAAGGUAAGAAAACUGGUUUAUUUCAACAAUAUAUUUGGUUGUUUUUGCAAAUGAUGUACGAUUAACCUCCAUAUCCAGAUAAAAAACAAAAAUCUACUGCAUGCAAGAGUGGUUAACACUUUUAACAUCAUUUCUCAACACAAGCUUUCCAAGUUAUUAGUCAUACCGUUAAAAUACGGAAACACGCUGGAAAGGAAGUCAUUGCUGUAGGUGUCAGAAGACUCUUCGCUGGUUUCACCCUUAGCCUACAAAUACUUUUCCAUCAUGUCAACAGGAUACCGUCGAAGAGUAGACCAAAGGUUUCGAGACGUGUACAAAUUUAAUCACAGAAAAUGAUCAAUAACAGAGGGCCAAGAACUGAGCCAUGUGGUACACCAAUAUUAACUUCUGAGAAUUUACCACAAAGAGAUGAAGUAUCUGGCUCCAGCGUACCUUCUAUUUAAUUGAUAUGCCUCGUUAAACUCAUGGAUGACCGGACUGAAGUCAUUUUUAGAUGUAUUUAAUCUUCGUUCUGUUCUGCAGGACCUCUGGAAAAGACCUACGGGGAUUUCUGGAGAAUGGUCUGGGAACAAAAUGUGCUCGUGGUUGUGAUGACAACCAGGUAAUCUGAGCUGAGAAUGACACAGACACUCAGCAGCAGCUUAUUUCAUUUUCAAAAAGUCUCUACGACUCCAAUUGAAGAACUCAAACUGAUUCAGAUUUAUUGAACAGAAAUGUGUUUUGUGUUUUUAGGACAGACGAGGGCAGCCGGAGGAAGUGUGGACAGUACUGGCCCCUGGAGGAGGGGGGGCAGGAGGUCUAUGGCCACAUUGCAGUGGUUAACCAGAGGGUUGAUCACCACACCCAUUACAACCACACCACCCUCGAAUUGCACAACACAGAGGUACAGUUAUGGACCAAUGCAGGGAUCUGUGAUCUGACAAAAGAGAGCAGUUGGAGGAGGUCUGUCAUGUGGCAACAAUUUCAGUUUGUCAACAAACAACUUAAAGGAAAUAAGUCAACGUAGCUCUGUUGUGGGAUCUACUUUUCUGUGUUUAUCUGGGCAGUAAAAUAGCCCAGAUGUUCAACUCCUACUUUUCAAGGUGUUUUCAUGAUAUUUCCUGUUUUUUUUUUAAUCUACAUACAGACUUUAAAUAACCAGAUUUAAAGUGUGACGAAGCAGUUUGUCAUAAAUCAGUUGCACAUAAACCAUAGAGAUAUGAAUGAAACUGUUAAAGGUCUUAUUGUUUUACUCUCUGCAACAACACUGGUAAGAGCGUUUGUACCCUGGCAGUGCAGCAGGAAUGUAACUCCAAGUAUCUUUUAUUCACGCAGACAUGUGAACAGAGACACGUUAGUCAUUUCCAGUACCUGAGCUGGCCUGACUACGGCGUCCCCACCUCCGCAGUGACACUCAUUGACUUCCUGGGAGCUGUAAAGAGACAACAGAGGAAAAUGGUGAAGGCUUUGGGACCUCAGUGGACGGGACACCCGCUUGGACCUCCAAUGGUGGUCCACUGCAGUGCAGGGAUUGGUAGAACAGGUGAGAUACAGAGUUUGUCUACUUCUUCUUCUUCUUUCUGAUCAGUUGUUGCUUGUUCGCCAAUGAUUCCUCUCUGAAAAAUGUUAGUGCUGAUGAAACAUGUUCUUGUCAGGUACCUUCUGCGCCCUGGACAUCUGUCUGUCCCAGCUACAAGACGUAGGCUCGCUAAACGUAUGCCAGACAGUGCGGCGCAUGAGAACACAAAGGGCCUUCAGCAUUCAAACCCCGGACCAGUACUACUUCUGCUACAACGCCAUUUUGGAGCACGCCCAAAGGCAGGGCCUGCUGCCAUCCAAUCAGUGAGCUUCAGCCCCUGACUUCCACACCCAACCCAUGAACCCUGAAAUUUCUGCCGUCAGUCUGUUAAAAAAAAAAAGAAAAAAAAAACAAGCUGUGUUGUGUGACCAACUUGUGCACCUGGGAAAGUUUGUUUCUUCGUCACAGAGAAAGGCAACUCUUCAUCUGCAAGCCAGACAAGACAAGACAGUGAAAAGAUAAGGACUGAAUGUUGAGUUUGUGGCGUUUCAGUGUGAUAACAUUCCACGUCCCAGCUAUGUGAUGUUUUGAUCCUCCUGUACAUGUCUCAGAAGUGUGAGGCAGCAAAAACAAGCUGCUCUUCUGUCGUAGAGGUUCGUGGUCAGGCACACCGAGGGGAACGAUCGCGACUUUGUUCAUUAACCUGUUCUUUAUUCAUUCGCCUCAGAAAACUGAUGGUUGAGGUGACCUUAAAGGAACAGUUCACCCCAAAACAAAAGUUAUCCACUCUUCUUUUGUCGCCUGAGUUUUAAUCUCAGCCAAAUAAUGUCUUCUUUAAUUAUUGAUGAGCCUCAUGUCUUGGUUUUGAUGCUGGAAAUGUAGAAAAAAAAGGCAUGCAUGCUUUGUAUGUAGGGCACCUGCUUUAACAACUCAGUAAUUCACAAAGUAAUGACACUGACUGAAAUCAGCAUUUCCGUUUAAAGCUCCUGUGAGGGACUUUCCCCCAUAGACAAGCAGUUGUAGCUGAUCUGGUCCUUAACAUGCUCAAGUAGCAAUAUCUGACAAAAUAAUCUCAUCCUGCUGACUUUUGACUGUUAAAUACAUUAUAAUGGAAAAAAGGGCUGACGCCUAACCCCUCACAAUGGUUUCCACUACUAUAAAUUACGACAUGAAAAUCAUCUGUCUUAUCACUGAUGAAUUUCAGUCUAUUUCAUAAACUGAUAAAAACUCCCCACAGGAGCUUUAAAUAUCCUCACCCUCAAGUUGGUGUUUCCUAUGUAGAUAUAAAAAGUCAAAAUAACCUUUUAUGAAUGCACGAAACUUACUUUUAUAGUUUUCCUUAAUUCUGCAGUUGAAUUAAGACGGUUUAAUUUCAUGCAUUUUGUAUCCAGACAUCUCCUUUUGAGAGUUUUUGGGGUGAAUUGUUCCUUUAAAUCCGCUCAGUGUUCCUUUAAUUCAGAUAAGGAGCUUGAUCUCCACUGCCAUGCUACAGCUAGAUGGGUGUUAGUUUUAACAACCUCCUGUCUGCAGGAAAUAUCGCGCCCACUUUGGCGAAUUUUAAGCACAUGGAUGUCGGUCAUAUAUGUAGAUGGUACGAGCCACUUCUGCGCUCUAGAGGAGUGUCACGCCGAGCUCAAGGAGGUGAAACUGCCCAACAAGCUAAAAUCUGUUACGUCUGUCUGAAGAAGGUUGUUGCCAGGAGGUUGUUGUUGUUGUUUUGCCACAGUGAGCAUCCCCGAGUGAAAGUUUAGAGGGGUUAAGCACAUCCUAAACGAUCCAGCUGUAAACUCCCAUCUGUUAUCAUUCAUUAAAUUGCUGUACACGUGAAUUCCUCUGUUUUUGUUCUGUUUUUCCAAAUGUAUCAGCUGAAAACCCGGACCCUCUGUCUCCCCCCUACGUAUUGAGAUCUCCUGUCGUGCAGUACAAACUUGUCUUCGCUCACUAGCAGUGCCAUCAUGCUUCGGUGAUAGUGAGAAUGUAAUGCUAAGUGCCCGCACACAUGCACACAUUUAGAGCAAUCUGCAGUGACUAUGCCAUCAAAGUGUUUAUCUGAGGGAGACAUUGGUUAAGACCUCAUGAGUAGUGCAAUACUUUUGUUUUUGUUUCUUUUUUUUACUCAAAUCGUUUCUUAGCACUUUUGAAUAAUUAUUCCCAGUGAGCUCUGAGAUUAGCUGUCAUAAAUUAGGGCUGGAUUACAAAUUAAACCUUAUCGUAAUCCUGUCGAUCUUCAUGCUGCCAUGCUGGAUUGUUAAAUUUAGUAAAGCUUUAAUAUUAAACAGUUAGUGACAUUUGGGACGUAAUGUAAACAUCUGCAUAGAGCUCUGUGGGGACAAAUCUAAUUUAGAAGCUUAGCAUGAAUAAAUCUGUGCCUACACCCCGUGGAGCCCCUCUUGGGCACAUCCAAAAUUUUGUCUGGAGUUUAUUUUAAUUUUUUUUAUGGUUAUGAUUAAGUUCUACAGACUGUGGUUGUAAGCUGUUCUUUCAUCUGGUCCAAGUAUCUUGCCAUUAAUCGAGUAAAUGUACAAAACCUGAGUGUCUGUGUCAUAUGUUGCAUUACCAGGUGAAAAGAAAAAUGUGUUCUUCUCUACAGAAUUCAUAUUGAAUUUGCUUGUAGUGAAGCCUUUUUAAGUCUGCCAUCUUCAUGCACUCUGAUUUAAGAAUUAUUUUUUCCUUUCAAUGAUGGACGCAAAAUGUGCCCUGUUUUAUUUUUCUAUUGUAUUCAGCAGCUGUUUUCAUACAAUUACCCAGGUUAUACAGUUAUCUACGUUAAUUUUAUAUUUGUUCUAUUAUAACCUGUUACUUUAUCAUUCGUAUGACUAUUGAAUCAAGCUAUACUGUAUUGAAUAAAACUAUGUCAAUGUAGA